ACGGUGUGUGCCGCGCAGAUCGCGAGGUAUGCGAAUUGCCACCAGACCGAAAGCUGCUCCUGAGCUGCUCCGUCUAUAGCCUUGCUUUAAGUCGUUAGUGCAAAUAAGACGAGCGCAAAGACUUGGGCUCUUGUCGAAUGCUGCGACCGAGGUAUUUGACAGCACACAAACUUUUCUCUCAAGCGGCGGCGGUUCAUCUUGAUUGUGCCAAAAUCUAGUCACUGCCAUGGCUGAGAAUGGAAAUGGAAGCAACGGAAAAAGUUCAGGAAGCUCUGACGGUUCUCCACCUAGCGAAAGCUCUGAUCUCCUGAUGCCAUCAAAAGCUUCCGCAAAUUAUGAGGCUAUCAAAACAGGAGCCGAUCUAGAGCGGCAGAUUAUAGAGGACCUGCUUCGACGGCAGCCGCAAAUGGUCACCACCAACUGGUGGGCAAUUUUGCUCACGGUCAUUUCCGGUGUGAGCUUCACAUGUUCGUCUGCUCUGGUCAAAGGACUCGACAUGAUCGACCCAAUGGAGUUGCUUGCCUUAAGGGCAAUAAUUCAGCUCAUAGCCAUCUUCCCUUUUAUAAUUUACCUCCGAAAAAAUCCUUUCGGACCGCCUGGAAUGCGGGUCUAUAUGUUUUUGCAAGGAAUUGUAGGUGGUUUGACACUUGUGACGUUUUUCUUUGCUACCAGAGAACUGCCAUUAGGGGACGCCACGACUGUGAUGUACAGUUCUCCAAUAUUUGUUGUGCUAAUGUCCUCCGUGUUUCUGAAGGAAGCGUGCGGAUUUUUUCGCACUUUCGUCAUUUUCUUACUCAUGACUGGUGUCAUUCUCGUCCUGCAGCCACAAAUAUUUUUUCAAGAGGACGCAGAAAAUUGGAACGUGCUCGGAUACACCGCCGCUAUUCUCUGCGCCUUUUUCACUGGCAUCAACAUUGUUCUGAUGCGCAAAUGCAAAGAAGUGCAUUUCUCAUUCCUUGUUCUGCACUUCAGCGUUUGGUCCUUGGCUAUGGCGAUUAUUUUGGAUUUCACGCCUGGGCCAUGGGAUUUGGAAGGCAAUCUUUUAGACUCUGACUACAUAGAGUGGAUUUUGGCCACCCUGGCUGGAGUUACAGGACUCUUUGGUCAAGUCUUUUUGACCAAAGCGUUGAGCAUGGAAGGCGCUGGAAAAGUGGCAGUCACAAGAUCUUUGGAUAUUGUUUUAGCUUUUGCAGUUCAGGUAUUAUACUGGGAACAAAUUCCUGGUUGGAUGUCAAUUUUGGGCGCAAUUUUGGUUUGCAUCAGCGUCGCCGCAAUUGGCACCGAAGAGCAAAUCAACCGAUUCGCGGCCACGAUUCCUUGACUUUUACCAACGUGUUCAUGAGCAACAAAAUUUUAAUUGCAUUCCUGUUACCAAUCUUUUCAAUUUGUAAAAUAAACAUGAUAGUUCUAUAGUUCUU